AUGUUAGAACUCCUUAACAACAUACUUUUCUUCUCUUUCGUGCAAAUGGCGCGAUACCUACCACCUCCGUCUCUGAUUCUCUUCACAUCCUCUGCCAAUCUCUUCUUCUCCCUCACACAGCGGAAACCCCAUCUACAGACUCAACUCGCAGUGGCCUUUAUCCUCUCCCUCAAACGGCGGCGACGACUUUCACGCUUCUCCGCCAAUCUCUCCGCUUACAGACUCAUCAUCCCUGAUCGCACGUCGCCGCCUUCCAUAGAUUCUCAUCAUGUUCCCUACUUCAAUUUCCUGUCUCAAUCUCAUCUCAACAUGAUAGAAAUUUCUCCACCUCAAACUCUUCAUUCUUACCUUCGUUCCAUCAAUCGUUCACGUCCAAUUAAAGUAUUCAAACACAACACAAAAGACAAAGAACUGAACGGAAGAGGCUUAUCGGCCGGAGUUUGUCCGGCGCAUCUUCGAGUGUGA